GUGGACUCUGCGGAGGCACGCCCGGGACGCACUUAAGUAGCUGGGGCCAGCGAGAGGAAAGACGGAGGGAGCAAGCCCGGCUGCUGCUGAUCUACUCGGACCUGGACCUAGACCCAACUCGACCCAGCCAGCCCUAGACUGCGCCAUGAGGGGCCGGAGCGUGGCUCUGUGGCUCUUGCUGGCUCUGCACACUGGAGAGGAAACAGACCCCGAAAGGUCAAAUAUUGCCUGAAGUCACCAGCUACAGGGGCAGGAACUUGAACCCAAUCUGCUGAUUCCUCAGCCUUCCCUCUGUGUGUCUCAGGGGCCUGAACUGUACCCACUGAGGAUGAUCUUGCAGCAGCCAUGAUCAUGGACAAUCAGAGGGGGACCAGGCUUCUCUGGGACAGUCCACCACAGCCACCUGUUCCCAGGCACAUGUCCCAGUUCAUGAGGAGGGCCCAGGGACACUGCUGAGGAAGGAACCCCAGGCCAGCGCCCAUUUCUUGGAGGCCUAAGAAGGGGAAGAAUUUGCCAAGUCACGGAGCCUGCCAGGGCUUCCCAGUCAGUGCUUCUUCUUCCCUCCAGCCUCCACCUAGGCAGGAGGGAGUGGGACAGCUGCUCAGCUGUACUGGGAUACCUUCCACUCCUUGGUAAUGGGCCAGUGCUCAGCAGGAUGGAGGUUCGAUGGUGCACUACCUCAGACCCAGAGCAGCAGAAGUGCAGCGACAUGAGCAAGGCCUUCCAGGAAGCAGGCAUCCAGCCCUCCCUCCUCUGCGUCCAGGGCAUCUCUGCGGACCACUGCGUCCAGCUCAUCACGGCCCAGGAGGCUGACGCCAUCACUCUGGAUGGAGGAGCCAUCUAUGAGGCGGGGAAGGAGUACGGCCUGAAGCCUGUGGUGGGCGAAGUGUAUGAUCAAGAGGUUGGGACCUCCUAUUAUGCUGUGGCCGUAGUCAGGAGGAACUUCAACGUGACCAUAAACACCCUGAAAGGAGUGAAGUCCUGCCACACGGGCAUUAAUCGGACGGUGGGCUGGAAUGUGCCCGUGGGCUACCUGGUGGAGAGUGGCCGCCUCUCGGUGAUGGGCUGUGACGUGCUUAAAGCUGUCAGUGACUAUUUUGGGGGCAGCUGCGUACCAGGAGCAGGAGAGACCAGUUACUCCGAGUCCCUCUGUCGCCUCUGCCGGGGUGACUCCUCUGGGGAGGGAGUGUGUGACAAGAGUCCCCUGGAGAGAUACUAUGACUACAGUGGAGCCUUCCGGUGCCUGGCAGAAGAGGCAGGGGACGUGGCCUUCGUGAAGCACAGCACAGUCCUGGAGAACACUGACGGGAAAACCCUGCCCUCCUGGGGCCAGACGCUGCUAUCCAAGGACUUUGAGCUGCUGUGCAGGGAUGGUAGCCGGGCUGAUGUCACUGAAUGGAGGCGAUGCCACCUGGCCCGGGUGCCUGCACAUGCUGUGGUUGUCCGGGCUGACACCGAUGGGGGCCUCAUCUUCAGGUUGCUCAAUGAAGGCCAGCGUCUAUUCACCCACGAGGCCAGCAGCUUCCAGAUGUUUAGCUCUGAGGCCUACGGCCAGAAGAACCUGCUGUUCAAGGACUCCACCACGGAGCUGGUGCCCAUUGCCACGCAGACCUACGAGGCAUGGCUGGGCCGCGAGUACCUGCACGCCAUGAAGGGUCUGCUCUGUGACCCCAACCGGAUGCCCCACUACUUGCGCUGGUGCGUGCUGUCCACACCUGAGAUUCAGAAGUGCGGUGACAUGGCGGUGGCCUUCAGCCGGCAGAGGCUCAAACCCGAGAUCCAGUGUGUAUCGGCGCAGUCCUCCCAGCACUGCAUGGAGCAGAUCCAGGCUGGGAACAUUGAUGCUGUGACCCUGAGGGGCGAGGACGUUUAUACGUCAGGGAAGGUGUAUGGCCUGGUCCCAGCGGCUGGGGAACUCUAUGCUGAGGAGGACAGGAGCAGCUCAUACUUCGUGGUGGCUGUGGUGAAGCGGGACAGCUCCUACGCCUUCACCCUGGAUGAGCUGCGUGGCAAGCGCUCCUGUCACGCAGGCUUCGGCAGCCCAGCAGGCUGGGACGUGCCAGUGGGUGCCCUCAUCCAGAGGGGCUUCAUCAGGCCCGAGCACUGUGACAUCCUCACAGCGGUGAGUGAGUUCUUCAAUGCCAGCUGUGUGCCUGUGAACAACCCCAAGAACUACCCUUCCUCCCUGUGCGCCCUCUGUGUGGGGGACGAGCAGGGCCGCAACAGGUGUGUGGGCAACAGCCAGGAGCGGUACUACGGUGACAGUGGCGCCUUCAGAUGCCUGGUGGAGAACGCGGGGGACGUUGCCUUCGUUAAGCACACGACUGUCUUUGACAACACAAACGGCCAUAAUCCCGAGCCCUGGGCUGCUGAGCUGAAGUGGCAGGAGUAUGAGCUCCUGUGCCCCAACGGGGCUCGGGCUGAGGUGAACCAGUUUGAAGCCUGCAACUUGGCACAGAUACCAUCCCAUGCUGUCAUGGUGCGGCCAGAAACUAACAUCUUCACUGUGUUUGGACUGCUGGACAAGGCCCAGGACCUGUUUGGAGACGAUCACAAUACGAAUGGGUUCAAAAUGUUUGACUCCUCCAAAUACCACGGUCAAGACCUGCUUUUCAAGGAUGCCACAAUCCGGGCAGUGCCUGUAGGGGAGAAAACCACGUAUCUUGACUGGCUGGGGCCUGACUACGUGGCAGCUCUGGAAGGGAUGCUCUCUCAGCAGUGCUCGGGCACAGCGGCCGCCCAGCCCCCCGGCCCCCUGCUGCCGCUGCUGCUGCCGCUGGCCGCCGGCCUCCUCCGGAGCGCCCUCUGAGCGCCGCUCGGGCUAGCUGGCCUCGAGACCUGCCGGGAACCGCAGCCGAGGCCGCUCUGCGCAGAGCCUGGGUUGACGCUGUCCCGAGAAGCGCGCUGGGAGAGGGAACGGGAGGAACGGCGCACAGAGCUCCCCAGAGCUGCCGCUCUGACCCGAAGAGAAGUUUCUGGAAUGACGAUGAAGGCUAAGGCAAAGCCCCCUCCCUCCCGCGGAGCCGGCCGCCCCCGGCCGCCUGGCCCUGGCCACUCGAGGCGGCUGGCGCGCUGCCCAGUCACGCUGCCCAGGCUGGCAGCGCCUCCCUGCCAACCUGCAGCCUCCCACCUGGAGCCCCGCGGCUGGCUGCGGAGAAGGCCGGUCGCCAAGGAAACCGCUGAGCCCGGCUUCCCACGCGGCCCUCCGCAGCGGCGGCGGCGGCCUGGGGACCUGCAAGCGCCUGGCGGGCCAGCCGCCCAGAGGACGCUGCGCCUCCGCCCCUGCUCCCGCCGGUCCCACCUGCCUCCCGCACCUCCGAAUGAGCUGCAGCCAGGCCUCGGAGGAGACAGGGCCGCUGGUCUUUUGUCCUUGUCUUCUGUGGCUCCAGUGGGCCUGUGGACUGCUGAUUCUGCUGGGCCCAGGAGCAGAGGGAGGCCAGAGCUGGACAGCAGGGAUGAAACCCUCAAGGGACGCUCAGAAGAAGGAAAUGCUUCUCAGUGAGGGAUUUUAGUUGAUGGGGUCUUGAUGCAAGCUUGGGGGCCGUAAUCCUGCCUAAACAUAUCUGUUAGUUCCAUCCCAGGGUGAAGCCCUUUAAAUGGAAUCCACUCCAGAGUUUCCUCUUCUGGGCUCAGUCUCAGAUUAUCUUUUCUCCUUGCCCCACUGUGGUGCCCCUAACCCCUCAGGCUACUCCUGGUCACCUGUCAGCUUCUGUUUACCGCAGAAUGAAGGAGCAGAGGUGGUCCAGAUCUCUCACAGGGAGAGACCCUUUGAAGACCAAGGCAAGGUCGUGACAUUCUCUAUCAGGAGCCAUGACCGGGUGAACUCCGUCUCCUCCCCUAACCCUGCACCUGUGGGGUCCAGGGCCCCACCCACUCCAGAGGAAGGGUUGCCAAUUUCUGAACCCUGUGAGAGUCAGCAGAAAGAUUCUGGAGAGGGCCCUCUCUCCACUCCAUUUUGCCAUGGUUCUCUAAGGAGCCAGAAAAAGUUUUCUGGAACUCCAAGCUUACUCUGAAUUUUGCUCCCUUAAAAAAAAAAAAAAAAAAAAAAAAUGGAAAAAAAGAAGAAAGAAAGAAAGAAGAAACAGGAGCAAGCAGUCCUCGUCAGCAGACUGAGAACCGCGUGGGCCUGGAGCUAUUUGUAUCCUGGUCUGCGGGGGCCUGGGGGAUGCUGAUGACAGGCCAAGUUCCUGGUGCUCCGCCCCCACCUGUGGGCGUUGGGCUGAUCCCUUCCAUGUCUCAGGAGCAAAGAAGGCCCUGGCAGCAUCCUGACCAUAGCCAUACCUUCCUGAGGAGUCCUGAUCACCGUGCUGGGGCAGCCCUCACCCCACUGCAAGGGGCCAGAAGGAGCUAGGCCUCCUACCUUGGUACCCUCUUCACUGGAGAGAGACAGUGAUUUGUCUUCCAUCUGAUGAUUGUUUGAUUUUUUUUAAAGGGAAGUUUGUGCAGUGAGUUACCCUGUGGCUACCCUGGACUAGCAUGCUACCCAGAGUGAUGCCCGUAUAUACUGUGCUAUGGAAGGUGUGAUUUGCAUGAGUGCUAUGUAAAUGACAGUCUGAUUGUCAGGUGAUAGUAAGGACUUUGUUAUUGCUAAUGAAAGAUGUUGGUUUGUUUUCUAAAUAAAACCAAACAACCCUGCACAUGCAGAGAAUUGGA